UAGGAAAAACUCAGUUCAUAAGCGGAAUUAGCGACAAUACGUGUGGAAAUACGAAAGUUUCGAAAUAUUUCAGGGAUGAAUUUUUGACCGCACUGAAAUUUCCGUGAAAUUUCGCGAAACCUCAGCGUGACAGCGCCAUCCUUGCAAAUGGCUGGCGAAGGCGAAAAGUGAGGAUCAUUGGGGGACUUUUUGAUAAAAUUUUCUACCACUGUGAGUAGCUGUGAGUGAGCUGAGAUGGUAUUUAGGCGUAGGAAGUAGGGCAGAAUGCGUAGUGCACUGUAGUUGGUUGCAGAGUGUGCGAAUAGAGGCAGAAAAAGAGCGUUCAAUGGAGGUGCAGGCGACAGAAGAGGCUGCCCUCACGUCAAAUCACACGGAUGGCACGAAGAAAAAGCGCCCCAGGCGGCGGAACAAAUCAAAGGGGGACGAGGCGGCCAGUGAGGCGGCCCCGGAGACCACAAUGGACAUCAUUCGUGCGUCCGCCAGCGUGGAUGAGCUGAGCCAGAAGCUGGAGGAGCGUCUUAACCUAAAACGGAAUGGGAUCUACAAUCAUCGCGAGGCGGUGGACUCCAGUGCCGCGGCGGAGCCCCUGGCGAGCUGCAGUGAUACGCCCGAGGGCGCAGAGGAGGCCCAGGCGGCUGCGCCGCCCGAGGAGAACCAUCGCGAGGAGGAGAGCAGAGUGGCCUGUGAUACCGCGCCCCCGGUGGCCGAGGAGCCCCAGGACCCCGCGCUCCCCACCAUCGAGUACGAGGAGUACAAGUCCGAGCUGCAGAUGCCCGACAUCAUGCGUCUGAUACAGAAGGACCUAUCGGAGCCCUACUCCAUCUACACGUACAGGUACUUUAUCCACAACUGGCCAAAGCUCUGCUUCCUGGCGAUGCACGGCGAUCGCUGUGUGGGCGCCAUCGUGUGCAAGCUCGGCCUCCACCGGCAGACCAUCAAGCGGGGCUACAUUGCGAUGCUGGCCGUGGACAAGGACUAUCGGAAGAUGAAGAUCGGCUCCAGGCUGGUUCAGAAGGCAAUCAUGGCGAUGCUGAACGACAAGGCUGACGAGGUGGUCCUGGAGACGGAGAUCACUAACACGCCGGCGCUUCGUCUGUACGAGAAUCUAGGCUUUGUGCGCGACAAGCGACUCUUUCACUACUAUCUGUCCGGAGUGGACGCUCUGAGGCUGAAGCUGUGGUUCAGAUGAAACCCUUUCGCUGUGCAACGAAGCGAGCCUCAUCCUCUAGUCCAGCGUUGUUAAAGGUUUCCCGCCCCCUUAAUUUCUUGUUCUCCUUUUUCAUUUUUCAAUCCUCCUUUGUCACUUACAUUUCUUUCAUCUAUACUGUCCGUUUUUUGAGAGAAAGUGCGUGUGUAAAUAGAAGAAAAAAAGAUAAGGAACUUGAACUAUAAUGCUAUUUAAAGAAGAUGAUGAAGAAAAAAAAAUCAUGAAGAGGAAGUGAGGUAAGAUGAAAACUUAAGAAGUCUAGUUAUAGAGAAUUUCACGUGAAAGAAAAAAAGAUCAUUUUUCAAACAACUGCCAAAGUUUAUUAAAAACAAAAAGGAGAUCCUCGGCGUAAGAUUUUUAAUUGAGAGGGAUUUUAAGUGAAUUUUGUUGACUUUUUUUCUUUGAACUUAGAUAACGAGGAGGAAGAGCGUAGAUAGACAAAUAUGAAUACAAUUCUUUUUGUAGGAGAACCACUGGGAAGAAUCCCACUUUCGCAAAGUCCCUGUCCUCUGGAGAGAUGGAAAACAUAUUAAAUUAUAUUUAAAAGAGAGAGAAGGAA